AUGCAAACGGAAACCACAGAAUCACAUGUUCGACACAAAAUACCGAGAUUUAAAUUUGGUUCUCCAGGUUCUAACAAUAAAUCAUCAACGACAACAUGGAAUACAUUGAAACCCAAACCUUGGUCAGACAAAAGACCUUCAUCAUCAAAAUCAAAUUCUCAAAAAAUUUUUACCAUUUCCCCAGGUGAUGAUUGUUAUAUAUCGAAUGUAUGGAAUAAUGGAAUAUUGUUUAAGAUUUGCUGCAUGAGUCCGGAUCUGUUAUCUUUUGAAUCUAGUAAAACUUCAUUAUUGAUACGUCUUCUUAUACAAAAUCUGACGACUAAGGAACCUCCAACAAAUGUUAUAGGACAUAUAAUUUUACCAAAAUCUAUAACAUAUCGUAGAGAUUCAUUUUUGCAAUCAACAUUUUAUGAACAUCCAGAGUUAUGGAUAUUACUCAGUUUUUUAUCAAAUGAUUAUGUAAUGUUUGGGGAACUUUUCGAGUCUAUUGUUCGAUCUCUUCUUGCGACAAACAUUGCUUUUUGGUAUCGUGUAAGGGAACAAAAUCAAAGAAAAAAUCAAAUGGAAUUAGAUACUGCUAUACGACUUGUUGAAAUGAUGCAUAAGGCACAGUAUAUUCCUCCACCUCUAAAUAGUGUAGGCCGUCUAUUACCAUAUAUUCAAUCAAAGGAUGUAGGAUAUUUGUUAUUUGAAUCACUAUGGAAGUUUGUAUUGGAGAAUUGGCAACUAUGUCCAUACUCGGAUGACUAUUAUAUGUUUGAAGAACAAACAACACCAAGCAAUCAACUUAUUCAUUAUUCAGAAAGAGUGAAUGCGAUUAAAUUGAUGAUUCAAAAAAACAUUUUAUCCAUUCCUGAAUUAUUAACUCAUUUUGUUAAUUAA